AUGAAACCAGCAUUCAACUUGAUGAAUAAGCUGCCCUACAAAUCGGUUGUUGAUCUCGCCUUCCAUCACGUUAGACAGCCGAGCACCAAGGUAAGUGAACCUCUAAUUGUCAAUUUACAUGGCCUAUUUGGAUCAGCACGGAGUUUUGGGGCUUUAGGGAAGCGAUUGGCCAAUGACCUGAACACAGACGUAUUUAACGUUGAUCUUCGAAAUCAUGGCAGAUCUCCAUUGGCCAAGCCAUACGACUAUUUGACGCUUACCAGAGACCUUGUCCACCUGCUCCAUACCACGGUUGGGGAGAAACGCCCUAUUGCAAUCAUGGGUUUCUCAUUAGGUGGUAAAGUAGCACUGAUGUCAGCCCUGUCGCGCAAAAUUAAUGUCGUUAAAUGUAUUUCGAUUGACAUGCCACCCUACCAUCUGGGAGACCUUAGCGAGGACAUUAAAGAGAACUUCAAUACUAUACAGAGUAUUUCAAAUCGACUAGUAAAGAUCAAGAAAGGGAGCAAAAAUUGGAAAGAAAGUGUGCUAAGUAUAUUCCGCAAUCUUCCGGUCAACUGUAACCCUGGCACAGCCUUGUAUUUUGCACAAGGUUUUCUGGAAGUUAAGGGGAACUCAAAACUUUUCGAUCCGUCUACUGACAUGGAUCCUUACAUCAACUAUAGAAUUCCCAGAGGAGAGAUGACCGACAUUCUUGAAGUGGUGAAAAAAUCUCCCAAUAUCAAUGAGCUAGAUCCGUUAGAAUUUCGUAAAUCAACUACUGUACCGGUUCUGUUCAUGCGUGCCCUCAAGUCACCUCUUUUCGUCAACUCCAAUGACGGGUUAUCUGCACACUUUCCAAAUUUCACGCUGAAAGAAUUUAACACGGGCCACUCGAUCGUUACUGAGGCGCCGACGGAAUUCUACAAAUCUUGCUUAAAGCAUUUAUCCGCUGAAUAA